AUGGCGCGGCUUCCAUCUUGUGGACUAGAGGGUGUUUCAGGAAGUCAAGGACAGGAUGGGAUUCAUGGUGCACCUGGAUCCAUUGGAUCACCAGGGUUAGAUGGAGACGGAGGCCCUCAAGGACCCAGGGGUUUGCAGGGAAAGCCUGGAGCACCAGGAAUCCAAGGCCCUGUUGGAAUAAAUGGGGAACCAGGCAGCCGAGGUCUCACUGGCAAACCUGGAAAUCCUGGCAUCAGGGGUGUUAAAGGCAAAGAGGGAUCAAAAGGGCUUCCUGGUAGUUUUGGGGAAAAGGGGAAAAAAGGCCCUGAAGGAUCAAAAGGAAACCCUGGUCGAACAGGUCCUCAAGGCAUAUCAGGCCAGAAAGGUUACAAAGGACCCCCUGGACUACAAGGAAACGUAGGCCAAUGGGGAAAGACGGGUCAGCAGGGUCCAAUAGGAGACAAAGGACAACAAGGGCCACUCGGGCCGCCUGGAAUGGCUGGUUACCCAGGUACAGAUGGACCACCUGGACCUAUCGGCGCUCCUGGAGACAAAGGAGACAAGGGAUUGAGAGGACCUAUUGGAUUGAACGGAGCUGCCGGUGCUGAUGGUGAGGAGGGCCCAGUGGGUGUAAUGGGACAAUUCGGAUUAUCAGGAAGUAAAGGAUUAUCCGGUGAAAAGGGUACAGCAGGAUCUCUUGGUGAUCGUGGCCCAAAGGGAGUCCACGGAGAGAGAGGAAACCAAGGACCACUGGGAGUGAAGGGACCAAUAGGAAGAGAUGGUUUAAGAGGUGCUUCAGGGAAGAAGGGAGAACCUGGAUUCCCUGGUAAAAAAGGUCAGUCGGGUGUAAGAGGUCACUCUGGUUUAGCUGGAAAAUACGGCCCUGGGGGGGGCAUGGGAGAUGCUGGAGAGAAAGGGGACAAAGGUCUAUAUGGCCUCAUUGGUGAAACUGGAACACUGGGGCCUCCAGGUACAAAUGGUCCCACUGGAUUACCAGGUUUGGCUGGAAAAGAAGGAUUUGUGGGACAAAGUGGACAACAUGGGCUAAAAGGAGAGCCUGGAGUUCAAGGGAAUUCAGGGGCCCCUGGGAAGACAGGACUUGUUGGUGUUGCAGGUCCAAAUGGCAAGAAAGGAGAAGCUGGAAUUAGAGGCAAAAUGGGGCCAGUGGGACAUCCAGGAAAAGUGGGCCCAAAUGGAUUGAAGGGCAAACCAGGAACUUCUGGACCUCCAGGAGAAAAAGGAGAUAAAGGUCAACUAGGGCCAAAAGGAAUGAACGGAUCUCCUGGAAGAAGAGGAAGUAAAGGUGUUGCAGGAAAACCAGGACCUCAAGGACCACAUGGAAAACAUGGCAAUGCUGGUCACCCUGGAAAGCCAGCAAGGACGCAGUGGAACGGAUGGGCUGCUGGGAGUUAUCGGCACUGAGGGAGAUCCAGGUGACACUGGAUUCAUGGGACCUCCUGGAAGGCCAGGUCCACAGGGCAGCACUGGUGCCCCAGGAAAAUCAGGUUUGCAGGGGAGGCAAGGUCCAAUUGGAUCAAAGG